AACUAAAAUGGGCCGUUCCUGAAGAACUUGCAUUGGCGAGGGGUUGGUUUCAACAAUCUCAACAUUCAACUUUAGGAAAUUCUCAACAUCGAACCUAUUUGUGGCAAGGGGUUAGUAAAAUAUUCCAUGAAGAAUUGGGAAAAGAGGUUUAUCGUGAAAACGAUAACUUAUCCUCGAAGUGGACCGAGAUAAGCACCCAACUUACAAAAUAUAGUGGUUUUUUAAAUAAAGCAAAACAAAACCCAAAAAGUGGUGAAACCGAAGCCGACAUUGUGACGAAUGCAUUGCUUCAAUUCAAGACAAAUGUGGGGACCGACUUCCGUUUCAUGCAUUGUUGGGAGAUUUGUAAGUUUCAUCCAAAGUGGGCGAAUAUCCCCAGUGGUAGCGAAAGCAACACGUCUUCCAAAAGGUCGAGGGCCUCGUCCCAAUCUGAUGCACGAGAUCAAGAGAUUGAGGACCUUUUUGAUGAUUCGCCAAGCCCAAACCGGCCUGAGUAUGGAAGAGAUGCCACAAAAAGGCGUGCUCAAAAAUCAAGAUCUGCUACGGCAUCACCUUCAGCUGGGAGUUCGCUCUUGCAUAGAGGAAUAUACAGCGACCAGUUGGAUGCCAUUUCAUCCAAGAUGGAUACAUUCAACGUCUUCCAACAACAAAGGGUCGAAAUUCGGAAGAGCAAAGAAGCUAGAGAUGCCGCUAGAGAAGCCGAGAGACAAAGACGGGAGGAUUUGAAAAUUCUAUCCCAGCCGAUUGAUCACCUAAAGGGUGACGAGUUGGAAAUAGUCUUGGAGAUGAGAGAAGAGAUAAAAAAAACAAAUAUAAACGUUAGGAAAUUUUUUUAUGUAAUUUUUUUUAUGUAAUUUUCUUUAAUUUUUAUGUAAUUUUCUUUAAUUACAAA